GGUUGAGUUGCUCUUGCUCUUCGUUACACAAGGGGGGGAAAACAGUCAGCAGCUUUUUUUUAUCAGCUUCUCAAGAUUGCUCCGUGUUCCUGACCUAUGCUCGUGGAAAUUGUCCUAUCAAUUGCUUAUCAUGUCCAGGCUGUUCCUUGGCUCUUAAAAACAGCACAGCUCUGUGCGUUAUGUGUACUUCAACUUGUUGAAUACCAGCACCCUGCCCUCUGCGAGGAGUGUCCAAGGUUCAGGAAGAUAACGAGAGGCGAGUGGCUGACGCAUAGCUCGUGUUACGUUACCAAAGGCUCAUAUCAGAUUACAGUAGACAGCAGCUUGGGUGAAACUGCAGCUGUAUUCACAUCGCUGUGGGUCGAACAAACCAGGAACUGGGACUAACAAAGGGAGUUUUAAAGAAGCGAAAGACGCUAACAGACGGCUUCCUGUUGCGUUCAGAAGAGUGUUACCAUGGGUAAGAAGACACAACACUGUCUGCUGCUUUUGCUGUGUUUGUCAUGGGUGGUUCACUGUUCAGCCGCCUUUGUGUUUUGGACAGCCGUGGUAGAAAUAAGCUAUGUCAACAACAACAACAAUGAGACUGAGGACAAAUUUUGUGAGUGUGGGGUUUUUGGCCGUCACUCCCUCCUGAAGAAAGCCUCUGGCAUUGUUGUACUUCCCACGGGAGACCCCAAAGGCUGCGGCCCGGAUCCUGUCUACAGUCGCAAUUCCAGCUCACCGCCGUGGAUAGCCCUGGUUAAAAGGGGCAACUGUACCUUCAGUGAGAAGAUAAACGCUGCCAAAAGUCUAGGAGCAGCUGGUGUGGUGGUGUAUAAUGCGGACGGCAGUGGCAACAGCACCUCUCACAUGUCACAUUCAGAGGCAACUGAUAUUGUGGCCAUCAUGAUUGGCAACACUCAGGGCAUGGAGGUUGUCAGGUUGGUGAAGAAUGGGACUGAAGUUCAGAUGCUUAUUGAUGUCGGCAGCCCUCACGGGCCCUGGAUCGACACCUACUGGCUUUACUUCCUGUCCAUCGCCUUCUUUAUUGUGGCAGCAGCCGCGAUCACUUACUUUGUGUUCAUCUCUGCAAAUCGCCUCUACAGUCUGAGUAUGCAUAGGCGCUCCGAGAAGAAACUCAAAUCUGAGGCUAAGAGGGCGAUUAAGCAGCUACAAGUACGCACGCUCAAAAGAGAUGACGAGGAAACUACCUCCGACUUCCAUAUGUGUGCCGUGUGCAUCGAAUCCUACAAGCCUGGCGAGGUGGUGACAGUGCUGACAUGUGACCACAUCUUUCAUAAAGCCUGCAUCGAGCCCUGGCUGCUGGAGAGGAGAACCUGCCCCAUGUGUAAGUGUGACAUCCUCAAAGCCCUCGGUGUCGAGGAGGAGACCAAAGAAAACAUUUCCGUUGAGUCACCACCAGAUGCCACUGUGAUCACAGUGGCAGGAGGAGAAGCCUUGUACGAAGUCCCACUGACUGACCCAGCGAGCUCUGACCCAGAGAGACAGCAGCAUCGCUAUGACAACAGGGCCUUUGAGGCAGACGCCGAGGCACCGAGAGGAUGAACAACAGCAACAGAAACAAAACAGACGCAAUCCAGGAUGCAGUCAAAUUCCCUGUUUGAAAUAUGUUGAUGUUUUUCUGGGAUACACUGAACCAGCACGAUGGAAGAGAGAAACAACUUUGAUCUUAUAAAGCAAGAACGCUAUAUUAGAUUUUCAGAAUAAAAUCCAAGGAUGUAAAAUCUAAAUGGACCUUUUUAUUUAAUUAGCUUGGAUGCCUUCUUCAUUUUCUUUAUGUCUGUCUUGGUGUAGGUUUGUAAUCAUCGGGUGUGUUCAUAAAGUUUUAAAGCUUUUUAGAUUGUUAGAAUAUUGAACUGAAAACUGAGAAGUCGUGGAGUGUCACCAGUGUCAAAUUGCUGUUUUACAUAGUAAACAUGCUGGCUCGACCCUGGUUAGAGAGGAAGUGCAGCAGAGCAUUUGCUUAUCUCUUUGAAAUCGGGGCCAAAUUUCCUCCCACAAAAAGCUUGUUGAGUCACCGUCUCACACAAUUGACCAUUGUCACAGCAGAAUCUAUUGCUCAUAAAUGAAUCAAAUGAAACAAUUUGACUUCCUUUCUGCUUUCUUAUUUUAGAGUGACAAAUGUUUUUUUCCACUGCGAUUGUCAGGCUGACUUUACGAACACACCUUUAUGAACACGCCCUUGACUGGAAAUGCAGCAUUACGCACAUUCAGUCAAAAAAUACCACCUGAGGGGCUGCAGCCCUUUUUCGAAACAUGGUCUGUAGAAACAUGUUUACCACGCAUGAGCUAGGAAUUAUGAAGCCUUUGAGAAUUUGUUGGCCUAUUGCUACCUUUCUGAAAAGUAAGAAAUCCUGCAGUAACGUUGCAAAGCAAUAAAUGUCAUAGGAAGUGUAGUCGAGGUGCAUCCAAAUAUGUUAUCUGUCUAUUGCAGAGGGGGAAAUCAACUUAAUGUGUACUUAUUUUUUUAAAUUAUAUAUAGGCUAUAUAUAUAUAUUGAGAUCAGUGAUGAAGUCUUAUCUGUUGAUAUGAAGGUCAUACAUUAUAUAUGUAUAGUCCUUCUCUAAACAGCUGAUUUUCAUGUACAAAUUAUUCUUGAACAGGUCUUCCAGGUUUUUUUUUUCUCACUUUUUGAAUCAUGGCAUUCAGUCCUUGUGGUCUACCUCUGAACUCUCACAUGGGUAAAAAUUUUUUAACACGUUUUAAGAUUAAGUAUCUCCCUCGGUAAAUAAUAAAACUAAAGAAUUGCUUCACGUCUUUGUUUGCUGGUGGGGGUAUGCUGAAUAAGGUACUUAGUAUAUUUUUCUAUAUAUGAUUCAUUUUCACUACUGUUUUACAGAUUCCAGGAGUCUUAAAUUGUUCUGUAAAAAUGAAUAUUACUUGCUGUAUUAAAUCACAUUGAUGCUUAUUAGAAUGCAAUAAAUCCCUCAAAAUGAGGCCAACUUUAUGAGCA